UCGGUUUAUAAAGCAGCCAUGAACUAUGAAGAUGCCAACAUCGUCGCGGUGAAAGUGCUUAACCUUCAACAGCAUGGGGCUUUCAGGAGUUUUAUGUCUGAAUGUGAGGCCCUGAGAAGCAUUCGACAUCGAAAUCUUGUCAAAAUUCUAACUUCAUGCUCUAGUUUGGAUCACCACGGUAAUGAUUUCAAGGCCUUGGUUUUUGAGUACAUGCCUAAUGGGAGCUUAGAAGAGUGGCUACAUCCAAAUGCAUGCCAGAAUAGGCCAUUCAGAACCCUAAGCCUAAUCCAGAGAUUGAACAUAGCUGUCGACGUAGCCUCGGCAUUAGAGUAUCUACAUCACGGAGGGUCCGUGCUGAUUGUUCACUGUGAUCUUAAGCCCAGCAACGUCCUUCUCGACAAUGAAAUGACGGCGCACGUGGGCGAUUUCGGGUUAGCAAAGUUUCUACGGCAACCGCCUGACGAAUCAUCUAAGCAUUCAUCUACUAGCACUGUGGGAAUCAAAGGAUCUAUUGGUUAUAUUCCUCCAG